AUGGACGCGCAGCGUGCUCUGCUGGACGCGCUGAUGGGGUCGUCGCGGGACCUGACGGAGGAGGAGAAGAAGGAGCACCGGGAGGUGGCGUGGGACGACCCCGACGUGUGCGCCCCCUACAUGGCCCGCUUCUGCCCCCACGACCUCUUCAUCAACACCAAGAGCAACCUCGGAGUAUGCCCAAAGAUCCACGACCCGGCCCUAAAGCAAAGCUUCGAGUCCUCCCCCCGCUACGCCGCCGUCCUCCCCAAAUUCGAGGCUGACCUCGCCCACCGCUGCGAGAGGCUGGUCCAGGACCUGGAUAAGAAGAUCAGGCGCGGCCGCGACAGGCUUGCGCAGGACGUCGUGGAGGUGCCGCCCCCCGCCGCCCAUGCCGAGAAGGUCGAGCAGCUCGCCAUUCUCGAAGACAAGAUCAAGAAGCUGCUCGAGCAGAUUGAGCAGCUCGGCGACACCGGCAAGAUCGACGAGGCCACUGCGCUCAUGAGGAAGGUGGACAUUCUCAACCUCGAGAAGUCGGCUCUGACCCACCAGAUAGAGACCAAGCUCUCCAUGGUCCCGCAAGAGAAGAAGAUGGAGCUCUGCGAGCAGUGCGGCUCCUUUCUCGUCACCAACGACGUCCUUGAGAGGACGCAGUCCCAUGUCACCGGCAAACAACACAUUGGUUAUGGUCUGGUCAGGGAAUUCCUCGCCGAAUACAAGGCUGCGAAAGAAGCGGAGAAGCUUGCAAGGGAGAAGGAAGCAGAGGAGCGUCAGAACCGGGAGAGAGGAUACCAUAACAGAGGCCACCGCGACGACUAUAGGGAGAGAUCCAGGGAGCAUGACCGUGACCGCUACUAUGAGCGAGGAAGCCGUGACAGAGAGAGGCCCUAUGAGCAGGGAGGUAGAGGGUCAGACUAUAGAGGCGGUUCCUAUAACAGCCGCAGGGAUUCUGAAAGGGCGAGGCCCAGAGAUAGGAACGGUGGUGAUUUUUCAAGAAGAGGAGACCCGGGGAGGGUGAGGAGCAGGUCCCGGUCUCCAGGCAGGCAUGGUUAUUAA